GCAAAUAAUGGAGGUGUGGUCACAUUCACACUCACGCUCACUUCUUAUGACAAAAAUCCAACCCAACAUAUCUCUUGACACCACUAUCUCCACGGGAAUUCUUAAUAAUAUAUGGUUCAAAUCCCCAUGAUUCACAUCCCCCUCUCUCUCUCUCUCUCUCUCUCCUCUUCUCUGUGGCGUCACCCGCCGCUCAAAACUAUCUGGGUUGGGCCGAUCAAAGGUGGGUUAACACUAGGCACACACCACCCAUUGGACCCACGUGGGCAGACACCCUUGGGCGUCUCUGAAAGUAGGACGUUGCCCAUUUCCCCUCACCACCCACAUCCAACAAAAUAGCACUGGAGGAUUUAGCCUUCUGUUUUCCUUUCCUUUCAUUUCAGGAGAAAAACCAGAAAAUAAAGCGAGGCAGAAACCCUCCAGGGUUGUCCAAAAGUUUCUCUCUUUCUGUGUGAGCUAUCAGGUGGUGGAGUAGGAAAGAAAAGGAAGAAUUGGGAAGUGGGGUUGGGGAAUGGGAGUGGGAGAAGAAUGGAUUUCUGGCCAGAGUUUCUUGCAAGCAGUUGGGGGAGGGAGUUUGUUGCAGGAGGGUUGGGUGGCAUGGCGGGCGUGGUGUCUGGAUACCCACUUGAUAGCUUGAGGAUCAUGCAGCAGCACUCGAGGAGUGGCUCCGCCAUGACCAUUCUCCGGAGAGUGAUAGCCACCGAGGGCCCUGGUGCUCUCUACAGAGGCAUGGGCGCACCUCUCGCUUCUGUCACCUUUCAGAAUGCUAUGGUUUUCCAAAUCUAUGCUGAUCUCUCAAGAGCAUUUGACCCGUCGGUUGCUGCCAAAGACCCUCCUUCCUACAAAGGUGUUGCUCUAGGAGGAGUUGGAACUGGGGCCAUACAGAGCCUAAUGCUCGCUCCUGUUGAGCUAGUUAAAAUAAGACUCCAACUACAGAGAAAAAACUAUGGAGAGACCCACCCAACAAACUGUUAUAAGGGUCCAGUGAGUGUCAUCAAAAGCAUAUGUAGAACAGAGGGUAUCCGGGGACUGUACCGAGGUUUAACCAUCACAGUACUCAGAGACGUGCCCUCUCAUGGAGUCUAUUUCUCGACCUAUGAGUACAUGAGAGAGCAGCUUCACCCAGGCUGCCGAAAGACUGGACAAGAAAGCUUAAGGACAAUGCUAGUAGCAGGAGGGCUAGCAGGAGUCGCGAGCUGGGUUUGUUGCUACCCUUUAGAUGUUGUAAAAACCCGAUUACAGGCUCAAUCAUCAUCUUCCCCACAAAAAUACAGUGGCAUUGUUGACUGUUUUGUGAAGAGUGUAAAAGAGGAAGGACAGGGUGUACUCUGGAGAGGAUUAGGAACAGCUGUAAGUAGAGCAUUUGUGGUCAAUGGGGCCAUUUUUGCUGCCUAUGAAUUUGCUCUUAGGUACUUAUGUAACAACAAUGGUCAUGGAACCAUUCAAACAGAGAACACAGGCUAGAAGACAAAGGGUCUUUUCUCACCAACGGGUAUCAUAGCUCCAUGAUGAUCAUUUCAUAGCAGAAGACAUAGGAAUAUUAUGAAGAGAUGGUUUAUACAUAGUCAUGAAGAAUUGGUUCACAUACUCAUUAAAGUUUUAUUCAUGCAAGAAAUUGAAUGAAUAAGCAACUUGGAGGUGUCAAAAAUCAGGUAUUUGGUACUCAGUUUCUUGUAAUAACCACAUCAAUGAUCAAACGAGUGGACCAAUAAUUUUUCAACCCAGUUCAUUAUAGGGGCUGUGGGUCAUCCAUCUAUUCGUUUUUCAAUAAAAUUGUUGUUUAUAGCA